GCAGAUGAUAGUGUUUCCCUGCGCGCUUUUCGUUUUAUUUGUGCCGGGUUGUACGACAUUUAAACGGCAUCUCCGACAAACAUUUUACAUUCGUAUAAUUGAGCGUCUGCAGCGCAACAUUCUUUAGCUAGGACCCAGAACUGUAGAGCAAUUGUAACCAUUUUCGCAUUUGCUAAGCUUUCUCUACCCUUACUUGUCACCUUUGUCUGGAAUUCAGUUGAAAGUUGGUACUCAAAGUUAAUGUUGCAUUACCGCCGAAUACUGUGCUGGAUUGUGGCUCGAACGAAUAGGCUGCCCUGUUUUACCCCUUUUCAUCACAGCAGUUGUCUUUAAAGGCGUUUUUACGGUCUCGGAGAAGCACACCUCUGUGAGGCCCAGAAGAAUACAAUCUCUGGAGGAGGUUAUUCCCAGCAGUAGCUACGCAUGGACUACCUUGGAAAUCCUCUGUGUCCUUUGGCCUGCAUUGUGAGAGCUGAGCCUCAAAUGUCAGGACAUUUACCCUUAGAUGAGGUGGGUGUGUCACUGGAUGCUGAGAAAAUUAACACCAGGAGCUUGGAGUCUGUCAGCAGACCUGGAGGUUUAAAUGGAGAAGCUAGAGAUCCAGAUACAGUUCUAGUCAGUAACAAGACAACAACAGCCAUGAUGAGGGAUGUUCUUGUGUUUCCUAUAGCCUCACCAAUAGAUUUCUCCAAUGGAGGAGUGACAUGUAAGCCAAAUGUUCUUCAUAGAAAACCUACAGAGACCCAAUGCAGUGCCUUAACCACCCUUCACGGUGUACCUAAAGAGCAGCAGCAUUCAAAGUCUAUUAAGAUUGAAUUGGAUUUAUCUCAGUGUAAAAGUGAGAUUGUGUCUAAAUGCGCUGCAGUGAAAGUUGAGGAUCUUAGCCCUGGAGGUCUGAAAGGAGCUGAUGGGAAGGAGGUCUAUCCAGACUCUGUGUUGCCACCUAACAAGAUACCAGAAGCCCUACAGGGGGAUGUUUGUGUGUUUCCUCUAGCUUCACAAGAUGUGAAAGUUGAGGAUCCUAUUUGGGCAUAUUAUUCUCAGAUUGAAUCUGGCAUGAUUCAAACAAACACCAUCCCAGUCAAAACUGAGUCCUUUGAAGAUUCUACUGUUGUGGUCAAAGUUGAUUCUGACAUUAAAGUUGAGGAUCCUAUUUGGGCGUGCUAUUUUGUUAAACAGGAAAAGGAAAUACCUAAUGUUGAAAAGCCAAUACAUGCUGCACAUCUGAAGGAGGAACCUAUAGAUUUUCCAAUUGUGGGUACCAAUAGUCAAUCCAGAUCUGGUCCUGGCUUAUCAACUUCAAAGGCAAAUGAUGUUCAGCCGACUCUGACUGAGAGAUGUGAUCAAGACAGAAAUUAUUACCCAAUCACACCUGCUGAGGUGUUAAAGACUCUACAGCAAAGUGGUAAAAACACCACUGUGAACCGCUAUGUAAAACAGGAAACAGUGGAUGUGAAAAAUGAAGAUCCCAUAUGGGCUAAUUAUCAUAUGCAUGAAGGACGAAAGGACAUGAAUCCAAAUUAUGAACAUUUGACACUUCUGCUUCCAUCACCAAUAGAAACCCAUCAUCCUGUAACCUCAGAGGAAAUGCUAUCAUUGAUUGGGAUUAGACAACCCAUCUGUAAAGUAGCAAUGCCUUCAUCCAAAGUAGAGCAGGAACAAACUAUGAACUCUGACCCAGCAGGACCAUCUCAACCCAUUUCACAACAGUCCAGCAAAAAGCAAAUGCUUGAGAGAGAACCUGGUGGCCAUUCAGGCCUGGGUUCCCAAUCAAACACAUCCGAACCCUCAGUAACGAUGCCAGAUACACGUGAAGAACAUCCAACAGCUACAUUAAACUUUAACAAAAAACAUAAACGUUUUACAGCAACAGGAAUUAAUACAUGUCAGCUGUGUGAUAAAUCCUUUUCUUCACAUGAGCAAGUUCAGGAGAAAAUGCCCACUGAGGCUGUAAAGGGAAAUAUAAACAAUGCUAAACCCUGGAAAUGUUGUGUUUGUAAAGCAACAUUUGGAACUCAUGGAAGGUUAAGGUUUCAUAGACAAAAGCAUGUUAGUGGUUUAAAUUGCCCUGUUUGUGGUAAGUGUUUUCAAAUAAAACAUCACUUAGAUGUUCAUAUGAAGAUACAUUCAGUAGAAAGGCCCUUCUCCUGUGAGGAGUGUGGUAAAACCUAUCGCACUGCUGGUCUUCGUAAUGCACACAUGUCUAUCAUUCACAGCACUAAGCGAGACAUGUUCUGUCCAGAGUGUGGGAAACCUUUCAAGUUGAAAACCCAACUAGACAUUCACAUGAACAUGCACACAGGAAACAGACCAUAUCAGUGCACCGAUUGCGAGGCUUCCUUCAAGACACCCUCAGCUCUGUCCUCACACAAGACUAUUCACACAGGUGAGAAGCCAUUUUCCUGCCCUCAAUGUGGCAAGCGUUUUCGCCUCAAUGGCAAUCUCACUAAUCAUUUGUCCACACACUCUGCUGGCAAAGGAAGAGUGAAGAAGUCAGGGGAAAACCAAUCUAAGGGGAAGAAGAAGCAGUCAGACACUGAGGAGGACUCAGACUCCAUGUCAGACCCAGACUUUUCAUCUGACUCCACCCCUCAAACCCCCACCUCCAGACAGACCAGGAGUCAGAGGAAACCCAAACAGGUGGAGAACUGAAGGGGCUUGGAAGGCUGUUCAUUUCUAUAUUUUAAUGUUCAUAUGUUUGUUGUGUUUUCUUUUAAUCUUUGACCAAAAAUCUGUUUAAACUUUAUUUUUUUAUUUCUUCAUUAAAAUUAUGCAU